CCACCCCACCCCGUGACGACUGCGCAUGCGUUAGUGGUCACAGACACUUUGUGAAAUGAGUGAGUCAGAAGACGACGAUAUACCCCAGCUCUCUUCCCAUACCUUAGCAGCUCUCCAGGAGUUUUAUGCUGAGCAGAAGCAAUCCGUCAACCCAGGAGGGGAUGAUAAAUAUAACGUUGGGGUAAUAGAGGAGAACUGGCAGCUGAGCCAGUUCUGGUACAGUCAGGACACUGCUUUGCGACUUGCACGGGAAGCGAUCGAUGCUGCUGGAGAAGGAGGCAGAAUCGCAUGUGUGAGUGCGCCCAGCGUGUACCAGAAGCUCCGGGAGCUCUGUAGGGAGGACAGCUCUGUCUACAUCUUUGAAUACGACAGAAGAUUUGCCAUAUAUGGGGAUGAAUUUAUCUUCUAUGAUUACAACCAUCCACUGGAGUUGCCUGAGGGAAUCGCUGCACAGAGCUUUGACCUUGUGGUUGCAGACCCCCCUUACCUGUCUGAGGAAUGUCUCAGGAAGACAUCCGAAACAAUCCAGUUCCUGACUCGGGGCAAGAUUCUGCUGUGCACAGGAGCCAUCAUGGAAGAGCAGGCAGCUCAGCUCCUGGGUGUGAAGAUGUGCAAGUUUAUUCCGGAACACUCCCGAAACUUGGCCAAUGAGUUCCGCUGUUACACGAACUAUGACUCUGGGCUGGACUGUGAAGCCUAAAUUCACAUGGCAACAGUUCCAUGGAGGACUCCACAUCCAUUUCCCAGUUCUCGUUCUGUGGAAACAUUGUGACCUCCUCCUCUCUCUGCCAUGGCUGGGACUCCCCUGGCUUAUUUUUCAAAAUAAAAUAAAACUUCUCCAUGCUGAUUCUGUCAUGAGGUUGAGAUUCUUACACCAACCCAGGUCUGUGGACUUAGAGUGAAGAGAAAUGUUGUUCAGCGUGUGAGAACAGAAUGGCAGACUUUUGCU